GCUAAUGAUGAUGCCCUUGUCCUGAUCACUCACUCUCCUGACAGUGUUUCCAGCACUAAACUUAAAGCAGGCAGCCCAAGAGGAGCUGCUAUACACUCUGAGAGUGUACGGCACGGUGACUGGCAAUCUCUUUCUGGAUUACCCUUCGGCACCCCCUCACUUUCUAACCUUAAGCAGAAGGACCAGUUAUUUGCAGCUUGGAAAGAAGCAGAGAGAUUCCCCGCCCCCUUCCCCCUCCCAUUCUUGACGACCCACUCCUGCUCUGGUUGAACAACAGACAUCGUGGAGACAAAUGCCUAUUGUUUUGGAGAAUAGGAACAAGAAUCAUAGAAGAUUGGAAUUUUAGAUGAGGCUGUCAUCUUCAAUAGUGAGUUACUCCAGACAAUGUCUUCAAUGAAAGAAAAUGUGGUGUAUCGGAUUCUGUUCCUUAUCUCAAUUUCAAAGCAGCAAUUUGCUGCAGCCCAGAGGGAUAAUGAAACAGGGGGUUUGCCGGUGGAAAGAUAUCGUGGGCUUGCCUUCACCAGGGAGAAAAUAAUGACGGCGCAGUACGAAUGCUACCAAAAGAUUAUGCAGGGCUCCAUGUACACUGGAAAUGGGAAUGGCACUGCUUGUAACAGAACAUGGGAUGGCUGGCUGUGCUGGGAUGAUACUCCUCCAGGGACAGUGGCUGUCCAACGGUGUCCAGAUUAUUUUCAAGACUUUGAUCCAUCAGAGAAAGUAAUAAAGAUUUGUGAUGAAACUGGAAAAUGGUUUCGACACCCAGAGAGUAACAGAACCUGGACGAACUACACACAGUGUAAUGCACACACAAAGGAAAAGCUAAAGACUGCAUUGAAUCUAUUGUACUUGGCAGUGAUUGGGCAUGGAUUAUCAGUGGCUUCGCUGCUGAUUUCUCUCGGCAUAUUCUUUUACUUCAAAAGUUUAAGUUGCCAGAGGAUAACGCUUCACAAAAAUCUAUUUUUCUCAUUUGUUUGUAACUCCAUUGUCACCAUCAUCUCGCUAACAGCUGUGGCAAAUAAUCAAAAGUUUGUUGAAAGUAAUCCGGUCAGCUGUAAAGUGUGUACAUUCAUCCAUUUGUACUUAAUGGGCUGCAAUUAUUUCUGGAUGCUGUGUGAAGGCAUUUACCUUCACACACUGAUUGUUGUUGCUGUCUUUGCUGAGAAACAACACUUGGUAUGGUAUUAUCUUCUCGGAUGGGGUUUCCCACUCAUUCCUGCCAUGAUACAUGCAAUAGCAAGAUUCUUAUAUUACAAUGAUAACUGUUGGAUUAGUUCAGAAACUCAUCUGCUAUAUAUCAUUCAUGGUCCUAUUUGCGCAGCAUUACUGGUAAACUUGUUUUUCUUGCUGAAUAUCGUGCGUGUCCUUAUAACCAAGUUGAAAGUGACACACCGAACAGAAUCGAACCUGUAUAUGAAAGCUGUGAGGGCAACCCUGAUAUUAGUCCCACUGCUUGGGAUCCAGUUUGUCCUGGUCCCGUGGAAGCCAGAAGGCCGAAUAGCUGAAGAAGUCUAUGAUUAUUUGAUGCAUAUUUUAAUGCAUUAUCAGGGCUUAUUGGUGGCUACAAUAUUCUGCUUCUUCAAUGGAGAGGUUCAAGGUAUUUUAAGACGCCACUGGAUGCAGUACAACAUUCAGUUUGGAAACAGUCUUACUCACUCAGAAGGUCUACGAUCUACCUCUUGCACUGGAACAUCUAUCACGGAAGUCCAUGGGAGCUUGUACAAUCAUGAUCCCAGCAGCGAAUAUGCAAAUGGAAAGAAUUUUCAUGACAUUGAAAUCAUUGGUGUGAAAUCAGGCGAAAUGAAUACCUAAAGAAAAUGAAGAGUGCUUGCCAUUGAUGUGGAUUUCAAUGACUACAAACUUUCUCCUUUCAUUCCAGUGGAAGAGCUAAUUCGAUCUCCACUGAAAGUUAUUUUCCUCAUCAACCAUCCUCUUGUUACUUCCCAAUUAUUUAUUUCACCUCAUGAAAUAAAAGUCGGAACAGAUAAAACUAUGGCCUGUGGCACUGUUGGAAGAAAGUCUCUUCCACUGAAAUAUGAGACUUGCAAAUAUUCUUGUAUUCUGGGCUUCACACUAACAGCUGAUAUUAUCUCACAAACCGUCAGGCAGCAAAGGUAGGUGCAAUAGUUGAUUCUAAUUGAUCAGAAGGUUGAUCCUUGUCACAUGGGUGAAUUAAUAUUCUGAUUACUGUACAAUCAUUCACUUGUGCCAACAUUAUUAUAUAGCUGAUCAAUUCCAAUCUCUGUGUCUGGUGUAACUUCAACUGGUGAAGAAUAAAAUCUUCUUAACAUUCCCUCAGGGUUGAGGCUCACUGCCCUAAUGAUAUAUUAAUUUUAUGUUUUCUAUAUUUUAUAUUAAAACAGCCUCUUAUCAUUAUCAUAUAAGGAACCCCUUAUAACAUAGCUAUCUUGCAGGAUUGAACUUUUGAAUUUCUUGAUGCUGGAAAAUAGAAUAGUCUUCAAUUAUUAUCUCUUUUUUUCUCUGUAAAUAUGAUUUGUGAAAUUUUUGGUGUAUUUAUUGCCUGGUGAAGAAAAGUUGUAACAAAAUGUGCAAAGUGUUCUUUUCACAUUUUGAUCUUUCCUGAUAGUGUGACUGUAUUUCAUAUUUGACAUGUGCAAUGUGUGUUUGAGGUUAUAUGCCAAAAAGGGAAUAAACCUUUGCUUUCUCAUGUGCCAAGUUUCUCACAGAUUCCAUCACAACUUGGAAUCUUUCACUUCAAUUCAUCUGUAGGUGGAGAGAGAGGAGAAUCUUUGAGGAAAAUGAGGGAUUGAUCUUCUUCAAGUUGGCGCUAAUUAAAAAUACAUAUUCUAUUAGAUUUUUUACAUUUAAAAAUAAUUCCAAGCAUAACAAAACAAUGUGUAGCACCUAAAGCCACUAUCUACUCACUAGAUGAUACAAUAUCCAGUGUAGAUGCAGUUCCCUGGUUCAUUAAUUCUGUAUUAGUGUUUCUUAGCACACAUUGUUUAAUCCCACUCAUUUGCUGCUUACCCUCAAAUCUUUCUUGAAGAUUCGUGGACUCUUUCGAUGAUACCUUCACUUUCAUCAUUACCUCUCUAUCAGAUUUUACUUCAAGAAACCAAACAAUAUGAAAAAAGUGAAAUAUGUUACAUUAAAGAAGGUAUAUAUAAAUGCAUAUAUAUUUAUACUGGCAAUAACAGAUUUUCCAUUGAAAUGGAGGAUACUUUUAAAAAAUGAUUUAUAAGAAAUAUUAAAAAGCAAAAUUUCAUAUUUAAUGGCAGAAAUAAUUCAGAUUAAUAAGUGGCACAUUUGUCAUAAUUUCAACUAUUUGACAGUUGGCAUCUUCAGUUUCCAAACCACUAGAUUUUUCCACUGUUGCACAAUAGUUACCAUAUAGAAAUGAUCUUCUGUGAAAAAUUUUGUCUGCUAUAGAGAUUAACUGUGGGGAUCGAAUUAAUGAAACAAUAGUGGACAGAUUGUAAAUCUUUGAGAAGGUUUCAGUUUAAAGCAUAUUCUGUUUCUAAAAUCUUUAAAAUACAGUUUUCAUCCAAACCAAAGUGGAUCUUUUUUCUUGAACCUAUUAUGCUAUAUGAAUUUCAUAGCUUACUUUUGGCUGUUUUGAUUUUCAUGUUUAUUAACAUUUUCAUUGAAAUGCUUGUGACCACAGCUGAAUGUUUCAUUUAGUUACAAAGAGAAUAAUUUGUUAAUCUUGUGUGAUAAUGAAUAUUACAGUCAAGUUCUUAAUAAAAGAGUGCUUUCAGUAUAACAUAUCUAAAUGACAUGCAUGUGUGUCUAAAUGUGAUGGCAAAUCUGUGUUUUUGCAGGGUGCUAUGACCAUAACAUUUUAAAGAAUGAUAUAAAGUUGUUUUUUAAGUAUUUGAGAAAAUUAAGAUAAAGUUAUUCAUGUCAUAUGAAAAUAUGUUGUUUUUUCAUGGGUUGCAAAAUGAACCAUUAAAGCCAAAUUUUCUAGUGAAAUUUAGGAUAUUUUUAGAAAAACAGUAGCAAUAGUGUGCAAACAAGAGAAAAUCUGCAUAUGCUGGAAAUCCAAGCACCACACUCAAAAUGCUGGAGGAACUCAGCAGGCCAGGCAGCAUCUAUAGAGAAAAGUACAGUUGACGUUUUGGGCUGAGAUCCUUCGACAGUAUGUUUUAAAUUUGCCUCAUGCAAUGAUAUUCAUAAUCUUUUCUGUGAUAUAGUCCGAUAAUGAAGAGACAGAUUGUUUGCAAAAGAAUCCUAAUCUUUUGUGACGGUACUUACAAUUUGAUCAUUUUAAUGCCCUACACUCUUCAAAUUCAGCAGCCAAACUUACUUUGAGCCUGGCUAUGCUCAAUCACUUUGGCUGACAUAUGAAUAACAUAGCCUAGAUGAGAGAGCUGGAAAUGAAAAAUCGAUCCUUGUAAGCUUAUCCUCAGGGUAUCUGGAAUGACAUAAUAGAAUGCUGAAAUUUGAGCAAAGCCAUUGUUUUCGAUUCCAUUCUUUUUUUUUUACUGAGAAUUAUAAAAGAUCCCUGCAGGGCUAGGAUAAAUUGUCCAUUCACAAUCGCCCCAAAAAGUUGAUGUUGAAACACUUUAUUAAGCCACUGCAGUCCCCACAAUGAGAAUGUUCUCAUGCUGUUGGUAGUGUAUCUAAUUUCUGACCAAAGAACAAUGACAAGAAGAUAGAUAUGGCUAUGAUUCCAUACCAUGUUGCCGUACUUUACAUGGCAGUAGAGGUAAGUAUUUGGGACAUGCCAUGAAGAAGUCUUGGAAAUGGGUCACAUGGACAGUACCUUGCCCACUGGGUGUCACUGGUGGAGGGAAUCAGGACUAUCAAUUUUUGCAGUCAAGUGAAAAAUAUUGUCCUGGAUGGUGAUGAGCGUCUUAAAUGGUGGAUUGACACUACUCUAGACAAGAAGAAAGGAGAAGCUGUCAAGUCAGGAGGUGAGUCUAUCCAGCCUCUGACCUGGUGGACUUGUAGUCACAGUAUUUAUACUACUAUCACAGAUCUUUAUUAAUAUUGCACAAGCGACAAGUAAGCAGCAUGAAAUGACUUCUAAAUUAUGUCUUGACUGCAAACUGAGAUUAAAAAAUUACAGAAAUUACUUUCUCAAUGAUUGUAAACAGCAAGCAUUGUGAAUGUACAUAAAUUGCUUACUCUCUCCUUUGUAGACAGCACAGAACAUAUUUUUAUAUCUGCUGACUUCAGUGUAGACUUGUAGAAAACACGAAUCGAGUGCAAUGAAAUGAAUGGUUUGCAUGGAAAUAUUAAACGUACAUAUCAAUUAAAAAUGGUACUGUGUAGGAUCUCAGUCCAAGAUGCUAACUGUUUAUUCCUGUGCAUAGGUACUGCCUGACUUGCUGAGUUCCAUCAGCAUUUUAAAUGUUUUACUCUGGACUUGCAGCAUCUGCAGAAUCUCAUGUUUAUCAAUUAAAAAUGUUAAUAUUCAAGUUUAAUAGGCAGUUCUUUCACAAAAUCAGGGUGUUCUACAUUCUUCAUAUAUCUAUAUAUCAAUACAUAUGUUGUUUAUCUAGCUGGAACUCUUUUUGUGUGCAUCUCUAUUCACAUGGGUUCAGAAUAGCAAUAAUGAAUUAUUUUGUAAGCAUUGCAUCAUCCAUUUUAUAUAUGAUAAUCCAUGAUAUAUUAAUCAAUGUGCUAUUGAUGUUUGUGCAGGCAAAAAUCUAUUAAAUUACUUAGAAUUUAAAGCCUUGUCCCUUUCGCGUACAGUCACAUGUAAUGCAGUUCUUCCAUAACACAUGUAAAGGAUUGUCUUCACAUAGAAAUUCAAAGUGUAUGUGUUGGAUUAUAUCUCCAUGAAAUUAAAGUGGUGCAUUUUUCUUACUUUUAUUAGGCAGAAAGGUGCUAUUUUCUGUACAUCAAUAUCUCAUCCAUUGCUGUAGAUUAUUUACAUUUUUCACCAGUCUUAAGGUUAUCUAACAGAGUUUAUAAUUGUCAAAAAGCUGUAAAAAGAAAUGGUCAUGACUUCCACCACUUAGCAAUUUUGAUGCACAGAUGAAUGCCUUUGUGUCUGUGAUGCUGCUGCAAAGAAGUUAAUCUUUGCACCUGUGCGUACUUGUACUUGUGCAUGUGACAAUGAGCACGACUUGGAUUUCAGCAUCACUGACACUGUCCGCCAAAGUUGCACACUGCCAAUAUAAGGACUGGAACAUCCCACUGGAACACCAUGCCA